CUCCUUUACCUUCUGAAGGCUCACAAACCUGACGCUUUCAGUUUCGAUUAAGCAAUUACAUACAAUCGCGACAUGUUAUUGAAUAUUAAAUAUCCAGCACUUCGGGAAGCGUAUAAAAUGGGAAGGUGUCCGGGAAUCUCUCCAUAGUCACCCGCCGACUCGAUAGCGAAACUACGAGAGGAGGAAAGGUAGAUGUCUUACCAACGUUCCCUCACGGUGUUUUCUCUGAUGAUGUUGGUUGCAUUAAGCUGCGCGCACAUUGGCGGCAACUCGCUGCUGUACCAGGACGUCAGGCCGCAGUACUACUGCGGCAGAAGCCUGGCCAGGGUGAUCGCGCUAAUCUGCUUCGAUGAGCUCUCAAGCGAAAAAAGGUCUGAAGCUGGGACUAUGUAUAAUGCAAUCCUCUCCCCGUACUACAAAGAGCAGGAGAACCACAUCGGCUGGCCGUGGAUCCCGAUACACAAAGCGAGAGGUCUGGGCCUUCCAUCUCGUGGCAAGCGCUUCGUCGUCAGCGAGUGCUGCGAUAAAGCUUGCAGCAUCGAAGAGCUGCUAUCCUACUGCAGCUAGUUCACCACGCGGCAAUGGAACCAAAACGCGUCUCAAAAUACGACUCACGUUCUCUUAUUUCUAGAAUUAUUCUCGAUAGGAGACUUUAG